UUAAGUUUCUUUAAACUAAAAAUUCGUUGUCUAAACUUUUAAUGAACUAAAAUAUUAUUCCUUUAAGCUAAUUAAGUUUUCAUAAAAUGUUAUCCUCGUAUGGUGUCGUUUUUGUCGUCCCUUGGUCGCGAUCGCCGCGUUUGUAGUACCCCUAGUAUGGGCGGUCGUGACAUCAACCCUGCAUGUAUUUAUAAAUGUGCAGGUUGAACGUCCAGAUGGAGGAGAAUUGAUCGGAGUCGAUGCUAUUAAAUAAUCAUGUGGAUUUCUCGACGAAUCGUGUCUUCAUACACGAAGUCGUUUAGUAGGGACCUAUUUCCGCUGUAUUAUGUUAAAGUCAAACUUGGACAAUAUUUCAUGGACUAGAGUACUUAGUAAAGAAAUCAAUUGUAAAUAGAGAUUCAUAAAGAGGCUGUGAAACCUUAUCUUACAUAUAUGACUCUCCAUUCUGAUUGGAUUACAUCUCUCCACGUCAGAAUGAUUUUCUCUUUAUCAAGUUAAGAUAAAGAGAGCGGACAGAGAGAUUCCCGUCAUCAGCAGCUCAACACUAGCCAAGGAUGGCAACCACCGCAGCGGCUGCAUCUUUCUCGACAUUCAAAUGCAUAAGCUCCAAGACUUGGCCCACCGAUCAUCUCUCAAUAAAGAUUUCAUGUCCAAAAAUCUCGGUUUCUUACUCUCUCGGGAUUGAAUCAAUUCCCUCUGGCUCUAGUGGUUUGUGCAGCAAGUGGAGGGCCCCGCGUAUAACCGCCGCGGUGGCACAGGAGGAAGCUGCUGAGGUGGAGGUGGCUGCUGCUGCUGCUGAUGAAGCUGCUGAGGUGGAGAGCUCGGGACCAAAUACUAAGCUUUAUUUUGGGAAUUUGCCGUAUCUUUGUGACAGUGCGCAGCUUGCUGGAAUUAUUCAAGCAUAUGCAAGUCCAGAGCUGGUUGAGGUUCUGUACGACAGGAACACCGGAAGAAGCAGAGGAUUUGCAUUUGUGACCAUGAGCAGCGUGGAAGAAUGCAACUUGGUCAUUGAAAAUCUUGAUGGAAGUGAAUAUGGCGGCAGAACGUUGAGAGUUAAUUUCUCAGACAAGCCUAAACCAAAAGAGCCGCUUUAUCCAGAAGCAGAACACAAACUUUUCGUGGGAAACCUGGCAUGGACCGUUACAUCAGAGAGCCUAACGCAGGCGUUUCAAGCAUACGGAGAUCUGGUGGGAGCAAGAGUCCUGUAUGACGGGGAGACAGGGAAGUCCCGUGGCUAUGGAUUCGUGUGCUAUGCAACGAGAGCUGAACUAGAAGCUGCAAUUGAAGCCAUGAAUGGAGUGGAACUAGAAGGGCGAGCAAUGCGUGUUAGCCUAGCGCAGGGCAAGAGUCAAUAGGGAAGAUAUGCCUACACAAAGAUGCAUUGGAUUUGCUUAACACCAAAUCACAAAAUCAGAGUUGGCGUUGUUAUGGUGGUGAUGUUUAUAGCCAUUUUUCAUGGCCAUCUCUAAAUAAUGGUAACCCACGUUAUUUGAGGUGUGCAAUCCUUGUGUAUUGAAUGAGAUAUGACAAGUUCAAAUAGAAAAGACUGAGUGACUCUUGGGAGUGAUAUUAUGAGUCGAAGCUGCUGAAUCAAGGAAUUUGAAAAUGGAAGCAUUAUUUUUGUUA